AUGAAGAAGAGAGAAGCCUCAGCAGACCUGGAGCUCUCUGCAAAGGAGAAGGAACAAAGGGCUAAAGUGCAGAUCAGGCAUCUGCAGACCCACUUCCAUCAUGAGGGGUACAAGAGGAAAUUCUACGAUGCCGAUAUCUGGCGGCAAAUGCAGGCUCAGGAAAAAGCAAUAGAUGAUCUGAAGCAAGAACACAGACAUGUGACAUUAAUGCUGAGCCAGAUCUAUUCCCCGGGUAAUGUGAUGCUGGAAAGCAGAAAUCGUAUGAAGGUCCAAAGGCUUUUGCAGAUCAGAAUGCAGAACGAUGCUCUGAUCAAAGAAAGAAAAGCCCUGCUAGCUGACCUGGCCAAGCAGGUUGUAGAGCUGGAAAAAAAGAUAGUGAAGCAAAGAGACACAACCUGGAGGGUGUUGGAAGCAAAGAGUCACAAACACCUGCAGAAGAAAAUUGAAUUACUGGAGAUGCACCUAAGUCAUGUCACUGUUCGUUACAACACCAUCAUGACCCGAAACAACAAGCUGAGAGAAGAGACUGUGAGCAUGCAGAUCCAGAAAGCCAUUUAUGACAACUCCUACUGGAAGCUGGAGAAAAGGCUGGUUCAGCAGAACAGAUUGCUGAACGCUGCUAUCGAGCAAGCCACGGAAGAUUACGAGCAGUGGAUGGAGGAUCUGGGGCGGAUCUCGGACAUUCGGGGUAUUCGCUACAGAGAAACCAUCCAGUACAACAUCAGGCUGCUGGAGAGGAAGUGUGCCCUUCACCAGGAGACCAGGCUGAAAAACUUCUUCCUCGCCAAAUGUACAGAUCUGUCUGAAUUGAAGGAACAGGCCAGAAAGAGAGAAGCCUUUGAGGCAGAUGAGAGGGCCAAAAGGAGCCAAAAGGAGAGCUAUGAGGUGGCCUACAAGCGUCUGCUGGAGCUGUCGGAUGGAGACAUCGACAAUUUCUUGGAGGACUUUCUUGAAAAGGACAGGAGAUUCUUCAUCCUCUUCAGCUAUGCCAUUAGGCUGAACGUCAAGAAUGAGGGUCUCAGGCAGAGGAUCCAGGAGAUCCAGGAUGAUAUGAUGUCCAUCACAACGGAGAGGGAACAAGCAGAGACAACCCGGACUCAGGUCCUGCAGGAGCUGGAGGCAAAAAUAACAGAGACUGCCGAGGAAGCCAACAAGUAUGAGAACAAAUGCAAGGAGAGCAGCAAACUCCUGGGACAGAUCCAAUCUCGUGUGGAGACCCUCUUGAAGGACAUGGACUGUGACACCUCAGCAAUAGUGAAGCCUCUUGGGGAGAGCUUGGUGCCAAUUUUUGGUCCCGUGGAGAACAAGGUGAAGGAGUUCCUGAUGAAGGAAUGCCUGCUGCGCUACACGUCUGUGGAUCGCAGCCAGCGCUCCCAGGCCUUCAUCAGCCCCUUCCAGGGAACCUCCAGCUUCCUCUGGGUCAUGGACAGGGCCAAGCUCUGCCCACCCCCCCCAGACCUGGACACUGCUGACCCCAAAACCGCGGAGGAGCCGCUGGACCGGGCUCAGCUGUGUCAGCUCGUUAUCCAGAGGCAGCAGGAGGAGCAGGCCAGGCCCCCCAGCGCGAGCAAGAGGAGGAGGAGGCUCGGAUCAAAGAGCCCGCCACAGACAGGGACAAAUUAA